AUGAUUGCUGCAAUCCUACGGGUGUCUAUGGUCCUACUGGGAGGCAAUGGUGGAACAGCUGCUAUCUGGUCGUGCCGCGAGGACUUUGUUGCUAUUUGUGUUGGCCAGGCUCCCAUCCUACGCCCUAUUUUGACGAAACGAUUUUGGACUGGCGAGAUGUCUUACGGACAUUCCCAACACACCAAAUCAACAUUGCCAAAUCAAAGCGGAAACGACGCUUUCGAGAUGAACACGGCCCGCAAAGCCAACUUACACGGCUCAAAGCACGAUAUGAGUAGAAAGGGAAAUGAUGUCACCAUAUUCUCAACCCACGGGAGGGAUAGUGAUGGCGAAUCAACAGAUAGAAUCAUCGACGGCGGUAUUGUGGUGAACACUUGGGUGGGAGUUCAGUCCGAGACUGCUGCACAUGGGCAAGCAGAGCUUGUGGGCCCCAACUCGUCCGAUCGAGACGUACGGCACUCUUAG